CAGACGGUGUCGCAUGACAGAUGUCGUUCGUUCAACUUUAGAAAGUCGAGGAAAAAACCAGGUUUAAAAUAUAUAUACGGCCGAAAAUGCAACUGCUUUUAACUUGGAGGAAGAACCGUUUGUUCAAGGGCUGUAUAUUUUGAGAAGAAUGCAGGAGAAACUUAUACAACAGCUUAAAAAAGAAGUAGGUUUAAAGAGCGGCCAUUUUGUCUUAGAACCUUUUCCCAUUCCGGCCUAUUUGCAUUUGUUUGCCUUUCAAGCUUUUAAAGAUCAGAAUUUUUUAAGCUUGCCUUUAAGCCUAAAAGACUUUUGUCGUUGUAUUUAUUUUACAAAAGCGCGGUAGAGCGUUUGCUUCGGUUUAUAAUAUACAUAUUUAGUUGUAUUUUUUAGCUUAGGAUAUCUCGUCUAGUGUUCAAUUUGUUUACCUCAAAAGUUUGUAAUCUAAUUUAGGUGAAACAGAUUGUCGAGGAAGCAGUAACUCGGAAAUUUAUCCAUGCCGAUAGCACAAGCAUAACUUCGCUUUGUGGUGAGUUGUUUUCGUAUGGGUUUUGCAAAAAAAUUGUUGUAGACAAUAUAUUCUUGUGGCUAUAUCAAAUUUCAAAACAAGUCAUCUCAAGUACUCGAUACUUUGUACAUGCGGAAAGUAUUAACCGAAACAUUUGUUUGUUUGGAGAACUAUUAUAAAACCCAAGAUUUGAAUUUUGUUCGUAUUUUGUAAUCAGCCUUAUGGAUUUUAUAAGCUAUACAUACACGUUGUGAUUUGUUUGUAUAUUAACAUUGCACAAUGCAAUAUUCAAAUUUUUGGAGAUUUGUCAGUGAGGGUACAAAUAAAACAGGCAAAAUAUUAAGUACAUGUAGAGUUUUAUGAUUGUAAUUAAGGCUUUCAUAGCCUAUAAAUAGUUUUAGUUUGGGGUUUAAAAUGUUGUGAAAUAUGUUCUGUAGAACAAGUUUUGUUCUAAUUGAUAGUAUAAUUUGCUACAAUUAUAGAACGAGUCUGAAUGUGCAUAUAUCUGCAUGUUUUCAUAUCAAAAACUGUCUACACAUCAUCCAUCAACAGUCCUCAUCUGUCAGAUGGUUCACCUGUCUUCGUGUCAAUAGAAGACAAACUCUCUAGGAUAGCACAAUCUAUGUUAAUAGCAGUUUGUUCUGGAAAAAAUCACGUCUGAUGGUUCACUGCACUCCUUAAGUGCUGUGCGCGGUCUGUCUGCUUGCUGCGCAGUUAUACACAAUAGAAUGAAAAGACCAACUAUUGUUUUUUGAAUGCUCUAUGCCAGUGUAAGCAGUUGUAGGCAAGAUUUUACUUGUGAUGGGGAGACCCUUGGGCAUUCAUGCUUCAAACUAUAUAUCUUUCUAAUUUGUAGCUAUCUAAUAUGAAACUGAGAGACGGAUGAUACUGAUUGAUUUGAUACCUGAAAAACACAAGGAGAACGUCAAUGUUUCAAGUGAAGGCACCUUAAAUAGGAAGUUAACUUGCUCGAAACAUCAAAUUUCUCCUUAUAUUUUCACGCAGUUGUAUCCCUUAAUCAAUCCACAGCUAUCUAUUCUUUGCCUAAGUUUAUCUCAAUGAAUCAUUAUAAUCCAUCUCUAGUUUCAUAUUAGAUAGCUACAAAUUAGAAAGAUAUAUAGUUUAAACCAUGAAUGCCCAAGGAUCUAGCUCCCCUUCAACAAGUAAAAUCUUAGACUGGUGUAAUAGGAUGUGUUUAAUAUAGAUAGCUUGUUGCACAGAUGACUUCUAAAGGAAGUGAUUAAAAAGUUCCCAUGGACUCAUUAAUUUCUGUCAUAAAUCAAAUGUGAAAAAAUUACAACGUGACAGUUGAAUUGGAUUAAUGAAUAGCAAGUUUUUAACUUAUGUGUAAGUUUAUAGUUGUGUGGUUACACAAUUCUGACAUUAUUACAUGUAUAUAGCCUGUAAAGACCUAGUUUUUAUUGGCGUUUCAACAAAAAUAAAUAUUAUUUUGUUGUGGUCAUAAUUUCUUUAUUUUUUAAAUUAAGAGCUAUGAAUAUCUAAUAACCACCUUUCCCAAUUCAUCAGUAUGACAUAAAUAUUUAAUCACUUUUGUGAGCUAUUCUAAUUUAUUGUUUUUAUACAUACAUGCAUAUGGCUUUGGCAUAAUAUUGUUGAGCUACAGGUUUUUAUUAUAAUUGUGUUUACCAGUGCUAAAAAUAUAUAGCCAACAAUUUUUUUCAAGUAUGUGUGAGUGUGUAAUGUAUGAUUUUGUGCAUAUUUUGUUCGGCACUCGCAUGUUUAUUAUUGGGGUAUGAAUUGUGGUUUCAUGCGCCAAUAACUCUCAAAUCAUUUAAAGUUUUCAUAACAUAGUGGUCAGAAUGCUAAUCACCAGGGCUGGAAAAAUUAUUUUCUUCCUGGGAGCACAACCUGAAGAUUAAAAUUUCCUGCAGACCAACUGAGUAUUUUCGUGCUAAAUCUCUGCUCAACCGAGUAAGCUGCAGCGCUUCCCCAUUGACAAGUAAAAUCGUCUGGCGUUGGACAAGUAGAAAGAAAAAAGUAGAGUGCACUGGGGUGCAUUGCAGCUCAAUGGUCAACUAGAGACAUUGUCAGAUUUUUUUGUUUUAAACCCACUAAGUUGCAUCAAGCUUCCCCAUUGACGAGUAAAAUCGUCUGGCGUUGGACAAGUAAAAAAAAAGUAGGGCGCAUUGCUGCUCAAUGGGUUAAACAUAAUGUCCUAAGCUGACCAUGGAAUUCAGGGGAAAGAUGUCUGUCAACCCAUAAGUUGUUGGACCAAUAGUGGGACAUGCACAUUAGGGUUCCAUCAAAAUUCAAGUUGCAAAUCGUCAACCUAACAAAUUUCCUGCAGCAAUUCAAUAUUUCUACAAGCGGUGCUUGCAUGCUUGACUAUUUUUUCCAUCCCUGCUGAUCAUUCAAAUGGCAGGACCGCACGUUCCUGUAAUAAUGGUCCACGUACAGACCUGAAGCUGCUUGGAAUUAAUUUCUGAAAACCUUCAACCCCUUAUGUUUGCGAUGUUACUCUGAGUAUCCACACCGGGCGAGCUUGAAAAAUAUGCCCGGCCACGGUGGGAUUCGAACCUACGACCUUUGGAAUACUAGCCAAAAAAAAAAAAAAAAUUCAUAUUACAAGAACACAUUGGUAUUGAAGGAACUAGAUACUGUUCCGAAAUAUCACUUACACGAACCGCCCUGACCGCGUAGCUCAGUUGGAAGAGCAUUGGGCUAGUAUUCCAAAGGUCGUAGGUUCGAAUCCCACCGUGGCCGGGCAUAUUUUUCAAGCUCGCCCGGUGUGGAUAUGCACUCAGAGUAACAUCGCAAACAUAUUAUUCACCUGAGUACACAACACCAACACAGAAAAAAAAACAAAAAAAAAACUUCAACCCCUUAUUUUCUAGCUGUUAUUGAUGCUAUCAUCAAAGAUGGAUCAAAGCGUCGUGCAGGAGGAAUAUUGCCUCCAUACGACACAGAGACAUUGCUGUUGAAAUUGUGUGAAGUGUCAGAGGUGACUAAGAAGUUGGUCAGAAAACUGACUGGAACAGAGGUUGAUGAGAAUAUUUUUGAAGUACAUAAACCAGGUGCAGGUAAGAAAUUUUAUUCAAGUUUUAAAAUAUGACCGGCACUUAUGGUGUCAUGCCCGCAUGAGUCAUUGCAGGGUCUUAGCUAGAGGGCCGUGUUGGCCGUGUUAUCGCGGCCAAAAAUGGAAAAACACGGUUAGAUAAAAUGAACGCGGCUUCACUGUCAAGGCCGUGUAGGUAAUCAUAAAAUAAGGUGUUGCUGCUGACAACAGACACAAUUUCGUCCUAUUUACGUCGUAAGAAAGUUUGUAAAAUCUACUGUUGUUGUUGAAUUGGCAAAAGUGAGCCGUGAUGUUUUAAUAUUUUGAUGGAUAAUGGGAACUGUAUGGUGUUAAAAUGGUUUUAAAUACCCCCAAGAGUUGCUGAAAUAACUUGAUAUUUAAUGUCAGUGCGCAAUGAGUGUAUGCUCGCCUUGUAUUUGGUUGCAAAGCAUGGAACAACCACAAGCAUUAUUGUUGGUAAAUACCCCCAAGAGUUGCUAAAAUAAUUUAUUAUAAUGUCAGUGCGAAAUAUGAGCGCAUGCUCGCCUUAUAUUUGGUUGAAAAGCAUAGAACAACCAUAGGUAUAGUCUAUUGUUGACAAGCAUAACUGGAGAGUGUUUUUGGCUAUUCAAGGCAAUUGAUAUGGGCACACCUUGGAAAUUUAGAAACACGCCCAAGAUAUAAAAUGCUAGCUAAGACCGUGUUUGAGAUCUGUUUACUGGAUUCGUUAGCUCCUGAAGACGAGGUGAAGAAGACUGACCUGAAGCUGAAGAAGUUGAGGUUGGACCAGUGCAAGUUAUCUUACGGAAAGAAUGUCAAGUUCCUGUGGAUCAGAGUUGCAUUGGUUGAGAAACUUCUCGCUAAAAUUCUCGCUUCUUUGGCAGAACAUGCUGAGUAUGUUAAUAAUCGCAGAUGCAAUAUACGUUUGCAGUGACAUGAAUAUAGAACCUUUGUAUUUAACCUUAUUUGUUUUUCAGCAAAUUUUACGAACCAACAGCAAUCUUGGCUGAUCCUGUCAAUGGACCUCUUGUGGCCAACUUACUUGGUACAGUAUAUAUAUACUAUGUUUUAUUUGUGAGUUUAGUCUGCAACACUUGUCUAAGAAAUGACUUCAGCAAACCGCGUCCUUUUAAAGGGCUGACUAGAUGACUAAAUAAUAAUUGGUUCUUUCCGAAUACUGCUUGCAUUCCUAGAAAACUAGUUGCAUUUAGGAGUAACCUUGAGUCUUACGCACAUUGCCUGUUUAUAUGUACAGUACUGUACAUUACCUGCACCAAUUCAGUUGCUUAUAUAAUUUACAUUGUAAAUGGGUGCCUGGUUAUGUUUGUUCCAUUCUAUGCUUACUUAAAUUAGUGGUAACUUUGACAGUCACAUAUAAAAUUUAAAUGUUUGGUUACGUUGUGAAUUAUCUCAAAAUAUGCAUUUGGCGCAGGCAUAAACAAGCGUUGCGGACUAAAUUAAUUUGUGUUCAAUCUCGCUGAAUGAGAUUUUCAGUGUCAGAAAUCCUCAUAAGAUCGCGACUUUCUUCAGAUGGUCCGUGUGCCUUGGACUAUUCCAAAAUGAAGACACCAGAUGGACGAUGGUCUGACCCCUCGGCAGACGAACUCGUUCAAAGACACCGCAUCCACAGUGGUCUGUCAAUGCGACGACGUCAAGCAUCCUUGGAUAAACCUCAGCUCGGCAGCACCUCGCCCUCAGUGGAAGAGUUUGUCGUCGCUCCUAGUCUCGCUCGCGAACAUGUCGAGUCUCUGCAUCAGAAUGCCAGUGCUAAUAUGUUGUUUGGGAAAAAUAACGUGGAAGUUCAACCAGUGAGUAUGGAUGUAGAUAGUGAUAGUUUAAUUUUAAAAUUUGAUUAAUAUUGUGAUGAACUUUAAACUAACUUCAUUUAUACUUGAUAGGUCUAUCAGUUCUAAACUCGUCUUCCUAGAGGAGGCCGUUGAUCCAGUGUUACUACAGAAGGAAACCUACUAAACCAUUCAUACUGGAUAGCUCUAUCAGUUCUAAAAUGUUCUCCCUAGAGGUUCAGUAAGGAUCAUCUCUUAUUGAUCUAGUGUUACUACAGGAGGAAUCCUAAACUGUAUACUAACUUUAUUUAUACUGGAUAGCUCUAUCAGUUCUUAACUGUUCUUCCUAGAGGUCCAGUAAGGAUAUCUUUUAUUGAUCUAGUGUAACUUACUACAGGAGGAAACCUAAACUAAACUAAUUUUAUUUAUACUGGAUAGCUCUAUCAGUUCUAAAUUUUUCUCCCUAGAGGUUCAGUAAGGACCAUACCUUAUUGAUCCAGUGUUACCACAGGACGAAAUCUUCUCCUCAGAUGGGACAGACACUUAUUGAUCUGGUGUUAAUGCAGAUGCAGUUUAUUCAUUUAUCAGUUUCGUACUGUUCUCGCUAGAGAUCCAGUAUGUCCUAUCUCCUGUCAAUCCAUUGUUACCACAGGAGGAAACUGGAGUGUCCAGUUGUGUUGAGUCAAACUGACUCAUCACUACUCAUACUAGCUUCUUGCCUGACUAUCUUUCUGAUGUUCAAUCAGCGUAAUGAGAGAAAUGAUUUUCAUGUAGUACCCUUGACUGUCAUUUAAGGCGUCAGGUUCGGAUUGGGUGCCUGGAUAUUUGUCUUUACAUCAAACUGUUGAGUCACUUCUUGUGAAAUGGACACCAAAUGAUCUAAUGAGUGGUUCCCCUGAUGAACAACAGAUGCUGCAUAGUAAUGAAGCAAUAACCAUUGAUACCUUGGAUGUCGUGUAUGUUCAUUGUCACCAUAAAGGUGAGUGGUGUGGUGGUGGUGGUGAUGGUAUUGGAUUGGUAGUAGUAGUUGUAAUAACAGCUGUGGUGGUGGUUGUGGUAAUGAUGAUGGUGAUUGUGGUAGUAGUAGUGAUGUGGUAGUGGUGGUGAUGGUGAUCAUAAUAUUGAUGGUAAUAGUGAUGGUGGUAAUGUAAUGAUGAUGGUGAUUGUGGUAGUAGUAGUGAUGAUGGUAGUGGUGUUGAUGGUGAUCAUAAUAUUGAUGGUGGUAAUGUAAUAAUGAUGGUGAUUGUGGUAGUAGUAGUGAUGAUGGUAGUGGUGGUGAUGGUGAUCAUAAUAGUGAUGGUAAUAGUGAUGGUGGUAAUGUAAUGAUGGUGGUGGUUGUGGUAAUGAUGGUGGUGGUGAUGGUGAUCAUAAUAUUGAUGGUAAUAGUGAUGGUGGUAAUGUAAUGAUGAUGGUGAUUGUGGUAGUAGUAGUGAUGAUGGUAGUGAUGGUGAUGGUGAUCAUAAUAGUGAUGGUAAUAGUGAUGGUGGUAAUGUAAUGAUGAUGGCAAUGGUUAUGAUGAUGCUGAUGAUUGUGGUAGUAAGUAGUGAUGAUGGUAGUGGUGGUGAUUAUAGUGGUAAUGGUAUGGUGAUGGUGGUAAUGGUAUGGUGAUGGUGGUAAUGAUGGUGAUGAUCCACAAUGUGGUAUUAAGUAGUGAUGAUGGUAGUGGUGGUGAUUAUAAUGGUGAUGGUAUGGUGAUGGUGGUGGUGGUUAUGGUAGUAAGUAGUGAUGAUGGUAGUGGUGGUGGGUGAUUAUAAUGGUGAUGGUAUGGUAAUGGUGGUGAUUGUGGUAGUAAGUAGUUAUGAUGGUAGUGGUGGCGAUUAUAAUGGUGAUGAUAUGGUAAUGAUGGUGAUGUUGAUGAUUGUGGUAGUAAGUAGUUAUGAUGGUAGUGGUGGUGAUUAUAGUGGUAAUGGUAUGGUGAUGGUGGUAAUGGUAUGGUGAUGGUGGUAAUGAUGGUGAUGAUCUACAAUGUGGUAGUAAGUAGUGAUGAUGGUAGUGGUGGUGAUUAUAAUGGUGAUGGUAUGGUGAUGGUGGUGGUGAUUAUGGUAGUAAGUAGUGAUGAUGGUAGUGGUGGUGGGUGAUUAUAAUGGUGAUGGUAUGGUAAUGGUGGUGAUUGUGGUAGUAAGUAGUUAUGAUGGUAGUGGUGGCGAUUAUAAUGGUGAUGAUAUGGUAAUGAUGGUGAUGUUGAUGAUUGUGGUAGUAAGUAGUUAUGAUGGUAGUGGUGGUGAUUAUAGUGGUAAUGGUAUGGUGAUGGUGGUAAUGGUAUGGUGAUGGUGGUAAUGAUGGUGAUGAUCUACAAUGUGGUAGUAAGUAGUGAUGAUGGUAGUGGUGGUGAUUAUAAUGGUGAUGGUAUGGUGAUGGUGGUGGUGAUUAUGGUAGUAAGUAGUGAUGAUGGUAGUGGUGGUGGGUGAUUAUAAUGGUGAUGGUAUGGUAAUGGUGGUGAUUGUGGUAGUAAGUAGUUAUGAUGGUAGUGGUGGCGAUUAUAAUGGUGAUGAUAUGGUAAUGAUGGUGAUGUUGAUGAUUGUGGUAGUAAGUAGUUAUGAUGGUAGUGGUGGUGAUUAUAGUGGUAAUGGUAUGGUGAUGGUGGUAAUGGUAUGGUGAUGGUGGUAAUGAUGGUGAUGAUCUACAAUGUGGUAGUAAGUAGUGAUGAUGGUAGUGGUGGUGAUUAUAAUGGUGAUGGUAUGGUGAUGGUGGUGGUGAUUAUGGUAGUAAGUAGUGAUGAUGGUAGUGGUGGUGGGUGAUUAUAAUGGUGAUGGUAUGGUAAUGGUGGUGAUUGUGG